AUGCGAUCGAGCAUGACUUUCGAUGACCCUUUCGAUGUUGACAUAACUAUCUCUCUUGUGUUAAGCUGUCUGGAAGAUAUUCGGAUGCAGCUGGAAGGAAAUAAUGUCGUGGAAAUUGCAGAAGAUAUUUCCCUGACUCAGAACCUGGCGCGGUACCAGCUGAGCGCAUUCCUAUAUGCCACUUACAUCCAUCUCUUUCGAUCACUCUUGGAUGUGCCUCCACGCCGAGUUGCGAAAUAUGUGGAAUUGGUAUUUGUCAAUACUCAUGCCUUUUAUUCUCGAAGCAGAGGAAAUUUCUCCUUAUGGCCAGCGUUCAUCGCUGCAGUGGAAGCUUAUACAGAAUACGACAUUAGCUUGGCCACAGAAUGGCUUGAACAAUCCAGCAAUUUCGGGCUUGGGAACAGACGGAAAAUCAAGCAAAUUGUCGAAACUGUGUGGAUAAGAAGGAAUCUGGUGCAGUUGGAGACAAAUAUGGACAAGGGUCUUAUACCAAUAGAUUGGAGGGAAAUCGGUCUCGAUACGGAUAUCCUCUUAGUUUGA